GAGUUAGGCAACGAGAGAGGGCGAGAAAUUUGGAACGACUUGCUUAUCAUCCGAUGCCGCAACACUCACGAGUCAGUUCAAGGAUAGGUUCAACAUUUAAUCUUAUGCUUUCAGGGAGCCAUAGAAGGCGCUAAGCCGCAGCUUCGAGCGUCCCCCCUUGCUAUCCUUCAUGCUGUCAUCCUCCAAGCACCUUAAGAAGGAAAGCGAGGACGCCGCAGCAGUUGAACCCUCUGUGCUGGCGGGCGGGCGGAAUAUGAAUCUUGGGAAGCGCGACACCACCCGAGGAGGUAAUGCGCGAGCUGCUCUGUUCGAUGGCCUUGAAGAGGGUGGCUUGCGGGCAGGAACAAGCUUCAGCACAUCGGAAAUAGCAGAGCAGGAGAAUGAGAGGGGUUUGGACACGCUGGCGGACCGGGUCAGCAUCCUGAAGAGGAUUACAACAGACAUACACAGCGAGGCCGAGUCGCACCAUUCGCUCUUAGACCAAAUGGGAAGAAACAUGGAUGGCGCACGUGGCAUGCUGUCUGGGACGGUAGACCGCAUGACGAAGGUUUUUCAAACGAAGUCCGGCCGGCAAAUAUUCUACAUCGUAGCUUCUUGUGUUGCAAUAUUCCUGCUUAUCUACUUUCUCAGGAGAUGACGUGAGAAGCCACUGAGCCUACUGACGACUGCUUGUAUAUAUCCGAUCGAUGAACAGGAUGCCGCAAGGCUGGUGUUUGAAAUUUUGCAAUGUGUCAGGUGCUGAGGAGCAUUCAUUUCUCAAAAGGCAACGGCAAGCUUCUCCUAACUUGUGAUUUUGGACUAGGUAGUUGGCGGCAUUGUGGACCCGGAUUUUACGGCGCACUCUUGCACUGGAGAACUCUGCAAUAAGGCAUAGCACGAUCUGGCCUUGCUAAUGUUGCGUUGACCUCGUGUAUAGUUCCUACACCUGCCCAGGUCACAUGUUAAAUGACGGCUGACCGUCAUUGCAACAUGUGAUGACAGGAUCCACCGCAGAUUCCCGGUGGAUAAGGCAUAUAAGGCAAUGCCGUCAACCUCAAUUUCUGGAG